AUGGAUAAAUUUACUAAUAUUUGGUCCAUAUUUAUUUCUAAAAGUAAACAUGCUUAUAUUUUCUUAAGUAAUAUUAAUGAGGGUAGAAAUCAAAAUUUUUAUCCUAAUAAUAGCAAUUAUAGCAAUAAUAAUUUAUCUAAUGAAACUUUUAAAAUAAAUAACGUGCCUUUCAAUAAGCCUGAAUCAGAAUAUAUUCAUGAUAAUAAUCAUAAUUCUGAUACAACUGAUGACUCCUAUCUGUUAACAGAUUUUGAUUUGAGUUUUCCUGAUACUUUUAUUCAUACAGACCAGUUUGCCAUGAAUGAUAAUACCUCAGAUAUAGAAAAUAUCCCUUCUCCUUCCCUUUCAAACAGUAAUAAAAAUCGUCUUUAUAAAAUUGUGUUGAGUACUGGUAUAAUGGUAAUAAGUUUAUGUGUUGGAAUACUUUUUAUAUACCUCAGUAAUGCUUCAUCUAUAAUGAGAACUUCUGUGAGUGACACAUAUUCUAAUGUUCAACAAGGUCGAAAUCCUUCGGAUUUAUUUAAUUUUAAAAGACAAGGUAUAAUCCAGCCCGCGAAUUUUUCUCAUAGCUUGACAUACAAUUCAGAAGUAAGAAGAUCUUCCAAAAAAUUGUAUGAAUUGUUAUCAGGUUCCGAUACCUCCUUUUAUGACGAUGAAAAUAUGAUUUUAGGUACAACAUGGUUUACCAAAAAUGUCUAUUCAAGACAACCUUAUGUCGCUAAUGGUUACAUAGGAUCGAGGUUACCAAAUGUAGGGUUUGGUUACGCUUUAGAUACUUUGAAUUUCUGGUCUGACGAACCAGGCACUUUAAAUAACGGUUGGCCCUUAAGAAAUCAAAGGUACGCAGGCUCAUUUAUCUCAGAUUUCUAUAGUCUUGAAAGCACUUUAAAUUCAACUAAUUUUCCAGAAUUGGAUGAUUUGGGUUACUCUACUGUAAUAGCGUCUAUCCCAGAAUGGACAAAUUUACAAAUUAAAGUGACUGACCGGCAAAGGAUUAUUAACCAUACAGCUUGGUUCAAUCCCGUAGAUGUUCAACUUGAUGAUAUUUCCAACUAUAAUCAAAACCUGUCCAUGAAGGAUGGAAUUGUCACUACUGAAAUGGAUUGGUACAAUAAAUUGAUUCAUAUUAAAAGUGAGGUUUGGGCUCAUCGCAGAAUUCAUCCCCUAGGUGUUAUGAAACUGGAAAUCUCACUUAAUAUCGACCAAAUUGAUGAUCAUGAUGGUGGUGGUGCUGGAAAUUUUGAUCAUUUGGAAAUUGAUAUAUAUGAUAUCUUGGAUUUUAAAACUUCAGAGAGAACGGUAUUAAAAGAAUUGGCCAUCGAUGAAAAAAAUGAUGCUAUUUAUAUUACCGUACAGCCGAAUAAUGUACCAUAUUCUAAUGCAAGUAUUUAUUCCACCUGUGUCAUUAAAACUAAGAAUUCCAAUAUGACAGUGGAGAAAUUAUUUCAAAAAGAAGAAAAUAAAGUAUCUCUAGCCAGAAAAACAAUAUUAUCAAGAGAUUCGCCUUCAAUCCAGAUAGAAAAAUAUGUUGGUAUUAUGUCAUCAGAAUUUCAAACGAAUAUUAUCUAUGAAAAUUGUUCAACGCUAGAAGUAGCUAAAGAUAUUGUUUUGGAACAUAAGGGGAAGUAUAAUGAAUUACUAUCAUCUCAUAAAAAGGCAUGGUACGCACUUUAUAAUGAUGCAUUUAUUGAAAUUCCUUCUGAUGCACUACUUGAGAUGACAGCAAGAUCAUCACUUUACCAGUUGCUAGCAAAUACUAGGCAUUAUAACGUUUCAGAGAGAGGAUUGCCAGUAGGUGUCUGUGGUCUCUCUUCUGAUUCUUAUGGUGGCAUGGUAUUUUGGGAUGCCGAUAUAUGGAUGGCACCAGCUUUAUUGCCAUUUUUUCCAAAAGUUGCACAAAAUAUGAACAAUUACAGAAACUCAACACAUCAACAGGCUCGGUUGAACGCUGAAAGGGCAGGUUAUUCAGGUGCUGUUUAUCCAUGGACUUCUGGAAGAUAUGCAAAUUGUACUUCUACUGGACCUUGCAUUGAUUAUGAGUAUCAUAUUAAUGUUGAUAUUGCAUUAGCUACUUUUUCAAUUUAUAUGAAUGGGGCUACAGGGAUAGACGAUAACUAUUUAAAAUACACAACGUGGCCGAUUGUCCGUGAUGCUGCUCAAUUUUUUACUGAAUAUGUAAAAUAUAAUGAAACUUUGAAGCAGUAUGAAACUUAUAAUUUGACUGAUCCUGAUGAAUAUGCGAAUAACAUUAACAAUGGUGCUUUUACCAAUGCUGGCAUUAAGACUUUGUUAAAAUGGGCUAUAGAUAUUGGAAACCAUUUAGGGGAGUCUGUUGAUGAAAAGUGGGAAGACGUAUCACAUAAUAUACAUAUACCAAGGUCUAAAUCUAAUAUUACACUAGAAUAUUCAGGAAUGAAUAAUACUGUUGAAAUUAAACAAGCUGAUGUAACAUUAAUGGUAUACCCUCUAGGAUACAUUAACGAUGAAUCAAUUCUGUAUAAUGCAAUCAAGGAUCUCUAUUACUAUUCUGAAAGACAAUCGGCUUCUGGUCCUGCAAUGACAUAUCCUGUUUUUUCUGCUGCAGCUGCUAGUUUAUUAAAUCAUGGUUCAUCAUCACAAAGCUAUCUUUAUAAAUCGGUAUUACCUUAUUUACGACAGCCUUUUGCUCAAUUCAGUGAGCAGGCUGACGAUAAUUUUCUCACUAAUGGAUUUACACAACCAGCUUUUCCAUUUUUAACAGCCAAUGGUGGAUUUCUUCAAAGUAUUUUAUUUGGUUUAACAGGAAUAAGAUAUUCUUAUGAUGUUGAUCCAUUAACUAAACGAAUGUCAAGGGUAUUAAAAUUUAACCCUAUGCAACUGCCUUUGAUGCCAGGUGGAUUAGCAAUACGAAAUUUUAAAUACAUGGGUCAAGUUUUAGACAUAAUUAUUGAUGACUAUAACGGUACAAUUGUUCACAAAUAUGGGAAUAAGCCCAUUAAAAUUUUAGUUCCUGAGAGAUUGCUAAGUGUUGAUCGUGAUAUUGAUGUAUACACAAGAUCAACUGAUGAAUACAACCCAGUUCACCAUAAUGAAAGCAAAUCUCAUCAAACAGCUAGCUUGAAUAACACUGGUCAGUAUUACAUUCUAAAUCCAAAACAAGAAUUCGUUCUACCCUUAUUUAAGCCAGGGCUUAAUAUUGCCAACAACAUUGCAGAAAAUCAAUAUAUUACUAAUUUAACUGCAGGUGUGGCUGGAGAUGUAAGCUUCUCAGCUAUUGACGGCAAUAAUUACACACACUGGCAACCUUUGGAUAAGGAAGCUGAGGGUAGACUAUUAAUUGACUUAGGAAGGGGAAAUGCACAAAAAAUCAUAAAAGGCACGGUUUUGUGGGGACAAAGACCUGCAAAAUAUCUCUCAGUGUCAAUUCUCCCUCAUAGUGAUAUCAUUGAGCAGAUUAUAUCAAAUAUAACUUCUAUCUUAGAAAAAUCGUCCUUAGUUACUGUUAAACAAACUAUUAAUGAAUUAUUAAAAAACAUUUCCAGUGUUGACACAGAUCAUAAAGAAUGUAUUAAAGAUGUAUUAACUGUGUUAGAUUGGAAAAGUGAUAAAAUCAACACUAUAGGAAAACAAGUACCCGAUAUAGGAUUAUUUUAUGAGAAAUUUGUUACAGUAAUAGAAAAGUUAGAAAUUACGCCAAGUGAGCCCUAUUUUGGAGAAUUGAUGGAAAAGUCCUCCAUUGAAUUGUUACCAAGUAACAAAACAGAUUUUGUUAUUGAUUAUUCAAAAUUGAAUUUCAAUAAUACUUUAAGGUGCUUUAAUCAUUCUUCUCAUCUUACAGAUGAUUUAAAAUCAAGGUAUAUUGUCUUAUCUGUUAUAGGUACUUUUGAUGAUGACAGCGAUUCCAAAGGUGCAACAAUAAAGGAGAUUGCAUUUAGUACUUAA